GCAACAUGUUUUUUAAUGUGCUUCUACAAAACUCUUUGUUGCAAGUUGCAAAUAAAGAUGAUUAUGGAAAUGUUUCAGAGUGUGUGAUGCAUGAUCUUGUACAUGAUCUUGCAACUUCUACCUUAGCCAAUAAUGAAGGUGGCGGUACUCCACUGCGAUACAUGUUUCUCAACGAAGAAGCAAGUCCUAUUCCGAAAAAAGUGGCUAAGCAUUUGCGCACAUUAUUCUUAAAAUGUGAAACUUCCGGUACGAAGUUGUCAGACUUCGAAUGUUUGCAUAAUCUUACUCUUUCUGGUGGUUAUGAAGAGUUGCCGAAUUCAAUUAGGGGGUUGGUACAUUUGAGAAAUUUGAAUAUUUCAAAUUCAAAUAUUGUAAAGUUGCCGAAAUGGAUUGGUGAACUCCAUCACUUGCAAACAUUCAGAACAAGCCGGUACAUAGAUGAACUGCCAAGUACGUUAAAGUAUAUGUUUAACUUAAGGCAUCUUCAUAUCUAUUCUAAUACAAAGUUGCCGGCGGAGAUUGGGAGAUUGACUAAUCUCCAAACACUACCUCACUUCACGGUGGGCAAAGAAAAGGGCUACCAAAUUGAAGAGCUCAGAAGUUUGAAGAAUCUCAAAGGAACACUAGUGAUUCGUAAUACGGAGAUGGUGCGUGAUACGGAAGAGGCUCUGAAAGCAAAUAUGUUUCAUAAGCCAAACUUAUUUGAUUUGGAGUUUUCAUGGGUUGAUGGUAGAGAAGAUGAAAGAAACGAUGAAAGUGUAUUGGAAGGCCUCCAACCUCAUGCAAAUCUGAAGAAGUUGAAGAUUUCAGGAUUCAAAGGAAAAAGGUUUCCAACAUGGUCUCAGAAGAUGACAGUACGUGAUGGGCCUCAAGGCUCUUGGGUACCGUUUGCCAACUUGAUUCAAAUUACAAUCUCUGAUUGCUCAGAAAUUGAUGAAAUCCCAAAGCUGGAGCACUUGCCUAAGCUCAAGUCUCUUUCCUUGAAAAAAUUGAAGAAGGUGAGGUUCAUAAAUACUUCAUUCAAUCAUUUAACGUCACUCGAAAUAAGAGAGUUAGAGGCAUUGGAAUGUCUGCCAGAAUGGUUAUUCUAUAACAAUCAAAAUCUCACAUUUUUUAACAUAUCAAAAUGUCGUGUGCUGAAAGAAUUACCAGAUGGCUUGAUCACCCUCCAUUCUUUGGAGUAUUUGUAUAUUUUGGAUUGUGAGAAUCUAAAGUCGAUUGGGAAUCCAAAUGGCGGAGCAAGACAAUCUCAGGGGAUCCUCCGCCGGCUGAGUAUUAGAAGGUGCGGACAGCUGAUGGAAUUGCCGUGUGAAAUGCUAGAGUCGUGGGCCCCUACAAUUGAGGAUCUUGUAUUGGAAGGAUUAGGGAGGCUAAAGAAUCUACCAAUGCUAAUUGACUGCCUCACUAAAUCAUCUACUCGUCUCACACAAUUGACAAUCCGAGGUGUUCCUAAAUUGAUGGCUGCUAGUAGUGGUAGUGUUGAGAGUUGGGAUCUUAGCAGCUUGAAAUCAUUAAGCAUAGACGUGAGUGUGGAAUGGUCAAGAGAGGAUAGUGUUGGCAUUGCAGAGACUAUCGAAGGGAUGCUGCAAAGUUGCAGCAACUCACUUCGUUACUUAAGUUUGAAGGGGAUAGAAAAUUGGGAGUGGCUGCCCCAAUCAAUUCAAAAUCUCACUGUUGUUUAUUCAUUAGAGUUGGAGGAUAUAGGAGUAGAAGAAUUGCCCCAAUGGUUGGGGAACCUCUCAUCUUUAAGAUGGUUAUAUCUAUGGAAUUGCAACAAGUUGAAGCAUCUGCCCUUUGUGGAUACAUUGAAGUAUUUAGAAAUUAGUGAAUGCCCAGAACUACGUAUUGAUUUGGAGUGGCGCAGCCACCAUCACCAUCUGAAAAUCAAGGUCGAUGGCCAACUCGUUUGAAUGUUGUAGCAAUUCUAGAGCUUAAAAAAGUCACAGCCUCGGAAUAACUUGAUAUUCACAAGGGACAUGUGAAACGGGAUAAGAAUCAAACAUAUUGGAAAUCUUAAGAAGAUCCAACAUGAAAAAAGAAAAGAAAAUGAGGGAGUAGAACACAAGGAAGGAGGAAGAUGGGAAAUCUUAAGAAGAUCUUCACAUCGAAGCACUCCAUGAUUUCACUGGUAUUAA